GUGUUGAGAAAUGUCGCUUUGUAGCUGUAAUUAGCAGGGCAUGAGUGCCGACCCAUGUGGGCCUCGCAAGACUAUCAAUACGUAUAAACAGCUCUCGAACGUUCUAAUACCAGGUCAACGUUCCAAGAGCUGUGCUGCACGAGUGAAGACUUCAUCAGGAGGAAGAAACGGUUCCAAGACUCCUUGGCCACGAUCACAAUCUUCAACUGGAUAUUCGAUGUAGGAGAUCGUCACAUGGAGAACUUCCUAGUGGAGGCCGGUACCGGAGCCCUGUGUUGCAUAGACUGGGGCUCCACGAUGCAGAGGAGACAGCUUUCGGAGCCGCCGCCAGCCCGGCUGACCAGGAACAUGCUAGCUAUGUGUGACCCUAUAGCGCUGGAGGGUCGGCUGCAGACCGCGCUGACGCAGCUCAGGGACUCCCGGGAGACUUUCCUGGCGACGGCACGCCUGCUGUACGCGCCGGCCCCCGCCUGCCCACCCCAGCUAUCACAUGUGAAAGCCAUAUUGGAAGGGAAGGUCACCUCGGCGGAUAUCCGGGUGGAAGCGAACCCACACCCGGAUUUAGACAGGCUCCGGGCGCUGCUGGUGCAGGUGUUCCCGGGACGACCCGCGGCGGACACUUACAACGUAAAGGACCAGGUACAAGUUCUGCUGCGCCACUGCACAGACCCGCGCGUGCUGGGCGCCACCAGGGCGGGCUGGGAGCCCUGGCUGUGA